AUGGAGGAAUUCAUCAUCACGCCGCCCCCCGAGUACCCCUUCCAGAUGACGGUAGCAGAUAUGUUCCAGCACGACGGACACAUGUACAUGGCCUACGCAGAUAGGCUCACAGGUUGGCUGGAGCUGGCCCACUUCCCCCACUGUACCUCCUCCUCUCACAUUAAGACCCAGCUACGUCGCUACUUCGCCAGGUGGGGGGCCCCGGAGCAAAUCUCCACGGACAGUGGUACUAAUCUGGCAAGCGAGGAAAUGAGGGAAUUUUUCAAGUUGUGGGGCGUGUCUGUACGACUAUCAUCUGCCCAGUACCCGCAGUCCAACGGUAGGGCAGAGGCCGCAGUCAAGGUUGGGAAGCAGAUAAUAAUGGCCAACAAGGGCAGCGGCAGCAACCUCGACACGGACAAAUCCUCUUUGGCUAAGCUGCAAUACCUCAACACACCCCUCCACGGAAUGAAUAAGUCACCCACCCAGAUGGCAGCAGGCAGGCAGCUCCGAGACGGCGUACCUACGGCCCGCUGGCACCUCACGGUAGACAAACACUGA